GUCUGGGCAACGGGAGACGUUCGUUUGCGGCGACGGGCCUGCCUUUGCCAGGCCUAUCACUUGGCCUUGCACGAUUGCUUCCAGCCUGCCCGUGAUUUGCUCCACUUGGGAAAUUUCCAAGAACAGGCAGCGGAGUCCGAUGUUCACACGCAGAUUUUGUACAACCGUGUCAUCGGGCAGAUUGGGCUGAGCGCCUUCCGUUUGGGCAAAAUCACGGAGGCGCACAACUGCCUCAUGGAUGUGUGCCAGUACAAUAAGGGCCGCGAGCUGUUGGCACAGGGGCUUUCCUAUGCCAAGAACAUGGAGCGAAGUCAAGAGCAAGAGAGAGCCGAACGACAGCGACAGCUGCCUUACCACAUGCACAUCAACUUGGAGGUGCUGGAGAGCGCUCAGCACAUUUGCGCCAUGCUAUUGGAAGUGCCCAACAUGGCGAUGCAGGCCAUCGAUCCCAGCAACAAGCGCGUCAUCUCCAAGGUCCUGAGGCGGGCUUUGGAAGCUUACGACAAGCAGCAGUACACAGGGCCGCCGGAGACUGCAAAGGACUCCGUGGUGGCUGCGGCGAAGGAUCUGCAGCGGGGCGACUGGGCCAAGGCCUGCGCCCAACUGGAGGGACUCCAGCUGUGGCACCACAUCGACACCAACCACCCAGAGAACGGGGAGAAGGUGAAGGCCAUGAUCACUGAGAAGAUGAAGGUGGAAGCGCUACGAACGUAUCUCUUCUCCUACGCAUCCAUCUAUGACGCCUUCCACCUGGAUCAAUUGGUCCAGAUGUUUAGCUUAGACGAGCGCACCGUGCACUCCACCAUCUCGAAGAUGAUGAUCAAGGAGGAAAUCACCGCCUUCUGGGACGAGUCUUCCAAGUACGUCCUGGUGCAACACGUGGAGCCCACGCCGCUGCAACGCCUGGCCAUCACACUAGCAGAACGUGCGGUGCAGGCGGUGGAGAACAAUGAGCGGCUGGUGGAUCUGAAGAGUGGCGGGUUUGCCUUCAAGGACGGGGCCCGGGCACAGCCGGGCCUCGCAACGGAGGCCAAAGGAAAGGGCCGCCUUGGUAAGGGCUUUGACAUGAAGGCCGACAUGAAGGGCGCGAAAGGCAAAGGCCGCGGCAAAGGCAGCUCCUUCGGCAGCUCCACCGUGCGCCGAGCUGCUGGCUGGGAGAACGCCCGCGCGGGCGCGCUGCGUGGCACGCAGCGCGGGUGGUCCACCGGCAUCCGCGCCGCAUAGGCUGUGUCAGUUGUAAGACCCUGAUGUGCGUAAUCGGCGUUGGCGCCACGCUCAAGUUCGUCGCACCAACGCCUUGCCAGAAGUACAAAGUUCGGUGGCAUUUGCUCCGAAUAAGACGUGCUUACUUAGUCAGUUGAGCAAAUCUGCUUUGCUGGUUGGCGAAAAAGGCGCUCGUUUCAAUUCGAGGAGAAGAACCUCCUUCGAAAUCGCAGGUUUGUUACGGGUCUUUUGCUUUUGCCCGGUUGUGG